UGGGGUGCGGGGAAGGCGUGCGUGCGUAUAUAAGAGGUGAGGUUAAGGGGCUGCGUGCGUGUGUGUGUGUGACAUCUGCUUGCGUAUAAGAUGGGGGUAGUGAGGAGAACGCAAACGAUGAAGGUGAUGAUGGUGGUGAUGGUGAUGACUGUCCUACCACACCACGUCACACCCACCACCACCACCGCACCACCAGAACCAGAAGGCCCCGUGGUGGUGGAUCAGAGAAGGGUGGAGCGCCUCUUAGCCUUCUACACCACCACCUCCGUGAAGCGUCUGGCCACGACCACAAUCACGGCGCCCUACACGUGUCUCUCAACGAACGGCGGUGCCGCGGCGUGCAACGGGAGGAAGAAGAAGUCGCUCUGGAAGGACCUCAUGGACGUCGAAGGCCUCUACCAGGGACCAGAACUUGAGGGAAGCCAAGAGAAGGAGAUGGAGAGAGAGGAGAAGGAUUUGGAAGUGGAGGAGAGUGUGGAGGGAGGGAAGAGGGAGGGGAGGAGGCUUACGAUAUGGUCCACUGUUCUCUCCACCCUGACCCUAACCUCCACUUCCUACCUCGCCGGCACCACCAUCACCGCCACCGCCUUCUGCCUCACCGCCGGACUCACCCCUGGUUGCUUUGGUACGAGGAUAGCGGACUGCACUGAUUACCGCCUCGUGUGUGUGUGUGUGAAGACAAUGAGGAAGGUGAUAGCAUUGGUGGUGUUACUGGGGGUGGUGGCGGCGGCGUCAGGGACUUCCCCGGCUGAGGGUGGCGCCAACAAAGCGAGUGACGCCAGCCAUGCCGCCAAGGACCUGCUGGAGGAGGACAGGCGCGGCGUGAAGAUCUUCGCCUACUCCACCACCACCUCCAUUAAGCGGCUCGCCACCACCACCAUCACCGCCAUCUCCACCUGCCUCUCGCUCUCCGUCGGGGUAGUGUGCACCGGCAGGAGGAAGCGAUCCUACUUCAGUGACCUCGUAAACCUGGAUGAGAUGUCAGAAUCGGACGCUCUCUACGGCAGCCAGCUUGAGGAGGACGAUGUGGAGGUGGGGAGCAGGUCUGGAUACGGCGGGCAGGAGGAGGAGGCGGGAGAGGAGGUGGUGGAGGAACCGGGCAAGGAUGGGCAGGUGAAGAAGCGGCUGGUAAAGGGAAAGAAGGGCAGGAAGCUAACUAUCAUCUCCUCCUUGAUCUCGACUCUGACCCUCACCUCGACGUCCUAUCUGGUGGGCACUACUGUCACCGCCACGGCCUUCUGCGCGGCCCCGGGUCUCACCGCGGGAUGCUUCGGAAAGUAGUGAUGCCGCCUGAUCUGUCGCCCACGGAGACCUCGCACGAGUACCCUUGCCUGUUCCUAUUACCUUACCCCCCAAUCACCUAUCACCUGUUGACUUGCUCCCCAAUUACCGUCCCUCGCAUCUAUCACUCUGUUUUCAUUCAGCAGUAUUUCCUUUCUUUUUUGACCUUGUAUCUUGCUUAUUAGGUAAUGAUAAGUAUGUUUUUUAACUUAAUUGUAUCCUUUCCCUUUCCUUCUCCUUCUCCUCCGUCUCUUCCUCCUUUUCCUCUCUCCCUCCUACCUUCUUCCCUCUCUCCUCUUCCUCUUUCCCUCCCAUCUCUCCUACCCUCCUUUCCUCCCUCACAACACCCUCUUUCCUCCCCUAGUUCCCUCCCCACGAUAGGACAAGGCACUCACUCGGCACAGGUAGGGUCAUGACACGUGAUGACCUGACCCUGGCCACCCAAGUCCCGCUCCCUGACCUGCCCUGAACAAGCUGAGGAAUCACCGCUGACCUGUUUGUUAAUUUAUUUGAUGUUUGUAUUUGUUUUAUUUUUUGCUUUAAGUUGGACUCUCUUCCUUUGUACAUUAUAAGUUACCUGAUGAAAAUAAAUGAUAAAGGAAUAAACAAAACGCUCAUUGUACGUAUAUAUUCCUCUGUCACGUGGUGAGUAAGCGGCCAUUUUUUCCUUUGCUUUUGUCCUUGAAUUUUAAAGUUAAAGAAAAGAUCCCUAAAUGGUAAAGGAUUAAAGGAAACGUUCAUUGUUUAUAUUCCUUUGUGACGUGGUAAGUACACAACCAUUUUUCCCCUUGUUUUUUUUGUUGUUGUUUUUCCUUUGUUUUUGUUCUUGAAAUUUUCCGUUACAGUUAAAAAAAAAAAAUCCCUCAGUGACAAAGGAACCGUUCAUUGUUUAUAUAUUCCUCUGUGGCGUGGUAAGUAAACAGUCUUUUUUU